AUGGUGGCGCAGAAGAGGAUAGAUUAUGGAUUUGUUGGCUAUCAGGUGCCAACAAAGCCGCGUGCUGCACGAUCAACUAGGAAGAGGGAUACAUUUCAGACAAGGGUGGAAAACAAUCAAAUGUGCGCGAUUGAUUUAUUGGCCACCGUAGCAUCCGGCACUUUAUUGCAAGAGAAACAGAAUCCAAUCACAUCUAGUGAUGAAUUGAUGAAAAAAGAUCAGCGCAGAUUUGUUAAAGAAGAAGUCCAAGAUGGAAAUAAACCAUUCAAAGCCGAGCUUCCUGAUGAAGCAAGUUGUGAGAAAAGGCUUCAACAUGGAUUUGUUAAGGAAGGGAGCGUUGAUAUGAACAAGCCGUUAAAAGCCGAGCUUUCUGAUGAGGGAAGUAGUGACAGGAAAUGUAUCUCCACUCUUUCUUUACAGGAGUUCGAUCUAAACUCCGGUUUGAAGGAAAGUCUGCGUCCUGAAAUUGAUGAUCGUUCAUGCAUUGCUUCUAUAUUAACAAGUUCUAGUUGCUCGGAGAGGUUGGUUACUGACACUUUGUUGGAUGUAAAAAGCCAUAGUGAAAUGAAAAAUAUAACUAGCAAAGUUGAAUUAGGAUCCUCUGGAUUUCCAGAUUGUAGUGAUUGCAACUUAGAUGUUGAUGUAAGUAUAGUAAAAGACGGGCUCCGGAAUUCUGAGAUGCCAAUCGGUGCUGAGACUGGAACACGAUGUUUUAAGGAUCCAAUAGACGAUAAACCUCCGGUGCUGGUCGUUUCAGAUGGAAAUGCUAAGUUGUCAGGGCACAGCGAUAGCAUACCUCGUAGCUCAUUGUUAAAAGGUAGUGAGAAUGUAACAGUAGUUAGUAGAGAUGAUGACGAAAACAAAUCAGGGUGUGCUCACCCUAGUUCAAAAACUAAGGCCUUUCGGCCAAAGACUUGUAUAGGUGAUCAAAGAAUAAGGAAAAGGUUGGCUUCUAAAUAUCGGAAAGUUGCUCGAGAAUCAAAGCAUGAUACACUUUCUAACAAUGUUUUGGAUAGAAAUUUCAACACAGUUCAGAAUGGUAGGAAGAACAGUUAUAGUCACCAAAUAUCCCAAAUGAAUAUUCCUUUCAAAAAGAGGAAGAUUUUUGACUGCAGCGCCACUUCAAAUUCUAACGGAAAUAUCAGAAGUGGCCGCACUUAUUAUUCAACAAAGAACGACAUCAAUCAAGGCGUUUCUUGUUCAUCAUCUCGGAUUCGCAAAGAUCCUGGAAAGUCAUCCCUGGAAGCAUAUCAUCAUCGUUCUGGUUUAAAAUCUAGAGAUUCUCAUGUGAAGCUUAGGAUCAAAUCAUUUAGAGUGCCGGAGCUUUUUAUUGAGAUUCCAGAAACUUCAACCGUUGCAUCCUUGAAGAAAGCAGUUAUGGAGGCAGUAACUACUCUACUUCGAGGCGGAUUGCGUGUUGGUAUGAUUCUCCAUGGAAAGAAACUUAGAGAUGACAGUAAAACUCUACUUCAGACUGGAAUUUCUCAUGAUAACGAGCUGGAUGCUUUGGGAUUCACCUUGGAGUCUAAUGCUUCUCAAAGCCUACCACUCAUAUGUGCUAAACAUUCUCUUAAUGUUCCCAGUGGAGACAUGCCUAUAUCUUUAAUAGGGCAUUCUUCGAGUCCAGCUGUAGUUUUUCCGAUUCAAAGGAUUCAAGGUGGCAAAAAACUCUCAGAUUCCAAAGAACUUGUUACUAUUCCUGAAAUGGGAUCAGAGGGACUAGAUAUACUUCCAGUGAACCAGAGUCACCAGAAGCCAAAACGAACCGAGAUCUCUCAACGCCGACGAAUUCGUAGGCCUUUUUCUGUUGCUGAAGUGGAGGCACUGGUUGAAGCAGUCGAGAGACUCGGAACCGGAAGGUGGCGUGAUGUUAAACUUCGCGCUUUUGAUGAUGCAAAGCAUAGGACAUAUGUGGAUUUGAAGGAUAAGUGGAAAACAUUGGUACACACAGCAAGAAUAUCUCCUCAACAGAGAAGAGGUGAGCCUGUCCCCCAAGAACUUUUGGAUAGGGUCCUUACUGCUCAUGCAUAUUGGUCCCAACAACAGCUCAAGCAUCACCCUGAAACUUGCCUUCUCCUUUAA